AUGGCCAACACUGUUGUUAGUCUGUUUUCACUAUUCCUGCUUUGCAUGGCAGCAGCAGCAGCAGCUAAAGGGAGAAAAACACUUAGUUUAGACCAUCAAUGGCUCACAUCCUAUCCAGUUAUUGAUGAUGAUGUUGAUGGUAUCUGCAAAACUAUGGUAGAGACACAAGGUUACAAGUGUGAAGAACACAAGGUUACAACUCAGGAUGGCUACAUCCUCAGCCUGCAGAGGAUGCCGGCAGGGCGGUCCGGCGACAAGGCCGAUAAGCCGCCGGUGCUAUUGCAGCAUGGCAUCUUUAGUGAUGCUUCAACAUGGCUGGUGAAUUCUCCAGAUGAAUCAUUGGGGUUUAUCUUAGCAGAUAAUGGGUAUGAUGUGUGGCUGGCCAAUGUUCGUGGGACAAAAUACAGCAACGGCCACACAUCACUUGAUACUAAUGACCAGGCUUAUUGGGAUUGGUCAUGGGAUGAAUUGGCUGGUUAUGAUCUUUCUGCUUUCGUCCAAUAUGUCUACAACUAUACUGGUCAGACAAUGCACUAUGCAGGUCAUUCCUUGGGAACCUUAAUGGCUUUAGCUGCUUUAUCUCAAGGACAAGGGCUGAACAUGUUGAGAUCAGCUGCACUUCUUUGCCCAAUUGCUCAUAUGAAUCAGAUUCCAUCACUGCUGACAAAGAUUGCAGCUGAUACAUUUAUAGCUAAUGACUUGUACUGGUUAGGAAUCCGUGAAUUCAAUCCAAACGGGGGGGGUGCUGCAUCAAAUUUUGUGGAAGACAUCUGCAAUAAACUGAACUUGAACUGCGCAAGCCCAAUGUCACUUGUCACAGGUCCAAACUGCUGCCUAAAUUCAUCCAUGACUGAUGUCUCUUCUGAGCCAACAGCAACUAAGAACUUGAUCCAUCUAUCUCAAAUGAUCAAAACUGGAAAAAUAGCAAAAUAUGAUUAUGGUGAUGAAGGAGAUAACAUGCAGCACUAUGGACAAGCAGUUCCUCCUCUUUAUGACAUGACAGCAAUUCCAAAUGACUUCCCUCUUUUUGUGACUUAUGGAGGGCAAGACCUGCUAUCCGAUGUAAAGGAUGUGCAGGUUUUGCUGAAUGACCUCCAACAUCAUGAUGGGAACAAGCUUGUGGUACUGUUCAAAGAAGAUUAUGCUCACCUUGAUUUUGUUAGGGCUGUCAAUGCUAACCAAAUUAUUUAUGAUCCUAUCAUAGCUUUCUACAAGGCUAAUUGA